CAAAGAUAUUGAAUAUUGGAUUGUUCAGAUGUAUUGUUUAAGACUACUUUCUAAACAACUCUCUUUCAAGACAUGACGACACCCAGUGAGCUAGCACAGCUUGACGUUGUUAGUAAUGGAGAAACAUUUCAUCUGGAGGGUCAUCUGUGUUCCCUUUCUGCCUUUUCCCAUGUUCCUACACAUCGGGAUUUGCCGAAAGACAGGACAUAUUUUAACUCUUCUGAGAAGAAACAAGGAAAUCCUUGCAUAUAUGAUUCAAUCUUUUCUAAAGAGGAUGAUUUCAAUCCAAAACUUCAUCGCAGUGAUCGCAGGCAUGAUAAACUUAUUGGAUUGGAAAUAAACCAAGAAGAGAAAAGUAAAGAUAUACCAACACUUUCAUCAUCAAUAUAUGGACAUCGUUUAAAUAAAAAUAUUGAAAAUAAUGAUCGUAAACAUGUUCGAAUUAUGCUAGUGGAAAGUGAAUUUUAUCGUCGUAAUGGAAUUGAUUUAUUAUAAUACAUAAUACACUUUAUAUAUAAAUACAAUUAUUUUUGUAGACAUAAUGCAUAGAAACAACUUAAUUGUGUAUUAACCAAUCUCGUUAGUAUGUAUAAAAUUGUUGGUUUUUUUGUUUUGCCAGUGAUUUUUGUUUGGUUUUACAUAAUAUGAAUUUGUUUUAUUAAACUAGUUAAAAAGUUAUCAAUAAAAAAUGUUGAUUGAGAUCAUGAACUGUUUGAUGUUAGAUCGUAAUUGAAAACCUGGAAGCAGUGAACGGCCAUUUCAUCCUAUUGUAGGAUUCCUCAACAGUGCGCAACCACGAUCCCGCUAGCGAGAUUCGACCCGACGAUAUUUGGUUUCGUAUGCGAACGCUUAACCUCGAUCAAUUCAUGAAAUUGCGCAACUCUCUUUCAUUGUACUGAGGAAGAUACCUGUUUCUACUUGACAUAAACUUACUAAUUUCUUUGGGGUCCCAUCAGCUGAUUACAAUCUAUAAAAUUUUAAAAAAUCCUAGUUACAAAUAUAUUGAGAUUACUUUUGGUAAAUGAGCUCAUUUUGAGGGUUAGUUUGAAUACUUAAAAGUAAAAUGUGGUAAAGAUGCAUACAAAUCUAAGAAACUAAAAGAAAUAAAAUAAAAUUCAUUUUAUUCCGCUCGAAUUGUUGUUCUUGCUGUCUAUUAAAUAUGAAGAUAAAAAUUGCUUCUCAGUAUGAAUCAAUGUAGGUAACAAUUAUGUUCAAAACGGAAAUCUUCAAUUUUAUCUGGAUAUAUGUCAACGUUUAAAGAAACAGCCAUACAAAAAUGAUUCGUCGAAUAGGUAAAAGCAUCAGACAUACAAUUUUAAUACAGUAGCUCAUAGAAUACAACAGUUUUCUAAAACAAAAACUGUCUUGACUUUUCGUCCGACAACCUAGCUCUGGCUUCUUUCCGGAAAUGAUUAAGAGGAACAGCUUAUCAAGGUGAAAUAAGGUUAAAUCGGAUUCAUAUAUAUUAAGUGAAGAAACAUUCAACACAGAAAUCUUGGAACUUAGAAAUAUAACUCAUAUUUAGUUAGUCCCGAUUUGAGUUUGAUAAACUACGUUAAAUCAUAUUGUUAAUGAUAGCAGAUUCUUACCGAUUAAGUGACUGCUGCACUAUAUCGCAAAUUGAACCUAUACAGCUGAUAGAGACUAUUUGUAAGGGUUUGUAAUUUGAUACUCGUAUUCAGAAGCUGAGUGAAAAACACAUUGACCUUUGAUAUGACAGGUAAUGGGUUGAAUCGCCUUGUGAUCAUCAAAACUAAGAUCCAGAUACAUCCAUCUGACGAGCCUCAAAUAGGACAGAAUGUGUGUCCUGAUUCUCGUCUUUAGUUGGGACCCAACUUCACUAAAAUGCAACCUUUGACCUAACCACUCCUAUGAAUCCGGUGUUCAUCUUGCUGUGCUAAUGAGGUAUGGCAACCUGGACCGAUGUACAUAUGUGCCUGGUCCUACGUUGUAGCUGACUGACUGUGAAACUUAAAAGUUUUAUGUGGUCACAUUCAAGCAUCAGUUGAUAAUAUAAAGACAAAAUUAAAUAGCUACCCAAUGUCUUAAGAUUCCCGGUAGAUCCGUAGCAUAUUUUAAUUCCUUUUUUAAGAUUAUAUAGUCUAAAUCUGGGCAAAAAUCCUUCCCACGGUCGACAAAUUGAAUCAUUUGUUCUGACUUUCUAACACUGUUGAAUUUAGUUGACGCUAACAAAGAGCUGUGCUGUGAUUAUCUUAUUCAAAGUACACGAAUCUAUCCAGAAGCCUUCUUCGAUAGAAAGGAUAACAAUUAUGAAAUUUUUCUUAGCUGUCAAUGUUUUAGCUCGGUUGUGAUAAGAGUUGGAUAGGAAUCCCCAACUACAAUGAAUGAUCAACUCGCUAUGUCACGAAUCUAUCGACAUUGGGAAUAUGCACAAAUGAAUUGAAGUUCAGUUGUCUCGAUGGCAUGAUUGGGUCUUUGAGUAUUGACACCUAUGGCUUUUAUCUCUAUUAUGAUCGUGUUCAUAUUAGACCAAGAUAGCUUUUCACUGGUUGAUUAAUUAGAGUCAGUUUAUGAUGAAAACCAUAUUCAGAUAGUAACUGAUCUUCGAAUCCAUAUAAUUACAUGAUUUAUCUUUUGCCACACAACUUGAUCGUGUCUAUUAUGAAAAAUCCAGUAAGAAGAAUUGUUUUUGGUUUCGAAUUAUCUCCUGAACGUAAGUGUAUGUCGAGUAUUUUAUUCGAUUGGCGAACACUAAAAUUAACUAAACGAUUUCUAACAUUUUUCUCAGUAACUCACAUUGUGUCGUCACACUUUGUUUGGACGAGUUCGAAUAAUAAGAUAAUCAUUUGUCCACGAUAGGUGGUACCAAAUUAAAGAACUCACGAUCUUUCGUCACAUAACUAUUCAGUGAAUAAUAUGAACUUCGUUUAUAUAAUCAUAAAUCAAUCAAUCAGAUGUAUUGUGAUCUCUGAACCCAAUAUCCCAAUUUUGGAGAAAUAGGACAAAAACUUCAAAAUUUUAUUACAUUUUUGAGAAAUUCGUCUAUUUAUUUAUGAAAGCGGAAAAUUUUGCACAAAUUUCGGUGAAUUUAUACAAAAUGCCUCCAUAUUUUUCGACAGAUAUCACAGAAGAGCCUGGUGAUUAUAACUACCUAUAAGUUUCUACUCAGGUAUUCCAUUUAUUCCAGUCAAUUACACACAGUGAACGCACUGCCAAAGAAACUUAACGACAACCGAUCUAUCGCUGUAAUUAAGACUUAUUCGUAACACAUUAAAAUGUUUAUUAAAGUUUAAUAAAUUACAAAUUAUUCAUUAACAAAUAACUUUUCCAUUUCUUAAUAACGGAAGUACAUUACGUGGAUGCUGAACUCUCAGUCAAAAUGUUCUAAAAAAAUAAAAAACUUCAAUCUUUAGUUAACAAAAAAUGUCAUGGAAACCAGCUAAUCCUGAAUACUAUGUAAAACGUUGAUGACAUACUGACCAUAGCCUAUCGUGAUGACCCAACCGAGCUAUAUUGGCUGGAACAUAUGUUCCUGUAGGUUCUACAACGCCAGGCAGGUCGAUUGGAGAACGGUAAGAUUAAAAGCAGCAACUAAAGGUCUGAGAGCGAAGUCGUACUGCUGACAGCAGUAAGGUAUUUCCCUCGGACAACCAGCAUCUGCAGCGAUGCUGUCUUCUCACAAGGAUGGAAGGGGUUAGAAAAGGUCGACCCUAAAAAUGUCACAUCUCACCUUACCUCACGAAUUUCCGUCUCCGGAGGUCAGGCCCUUUGAAGAACGGAGCUAACACAUUAAAAACCUUCCACGAAAAAGCCGUGCGCGACCCGCCCCAAGCAGUUGUCCCUUGCGCUCUGCGGUCACGCUCCCAGGUCGUCAAGACCAACACUAAUCCAAUUUCCUUUUCAGGUUCCUCAAGAAAUACCCUUCCACGGUGUGGGCAGCUGGGAAGUGACAUCAGCCCUCAUACUCGUAACAGCACACGAGACCAAGUUGGUCACACUCAAAUCCUUCCUACACCUCCUCAUACCUCUCUUAUCUCCACGAAUAACCCUCCUCACGACCCUUUAUCACCUCGCAUCGCCAGGGCAAACGAUUCCAGUACGCCAAACGUUUUUACUGGUCUCCUGAAACCACGCUCUAAACUACAUGUAGGAGCUUUUAACGUCCGAACACUGUGCCAAAUAGGACAACAGACUUCCUUAGCUAGGACUUUAGAAUCUCGCGCCAUCGAUGUGUGCUGCGUCUCCGAAACGCGCAUACGGGAUCCGAGUAGCGUCAUUCAUUUAACCUCACCAUGUCAAAGUAACGAAACAACUCGAUUUACGAUCCGUGGAUCUGGAAGCCCUGAUUCUGCUUCCUGUGGCCUCGCCGGCGUAGGUAUAGCAUUGAGUCCUAGGGCAGAACUAGUUCUCUUAGAG